AACAAAACCCCCAUAAUCCAUUAUUUCACUUCAUCUCUCUCAAUCAAUUUUCACUUAUUGCCCGUGCCCUUCUCUCUACAAAAUUCAAAUCAUGACAGACCAAACCACACCAAACCCAUCAAUUAUGCAGCCAAAACCCCAACACCCGCUCCACCAAAUAGCCGAAACACCAACACACAAGCUUCUCUUGAAGCAAUGGCUCAAAGAAGAAGACUUAAUCUUCCACAGAAUCUCUCUAAAAGAAACUCAAAUUGACUCGGUCCGUAAAGAAAUCACCCAUCUCUACAUUUUCUUCUUCCUCUUCCACUCAAUCUCCUUGCUCAUACUCUUCAACGGGUCAUCAUCAUCCUCAUCGCACACAGCGAAACUCGAGUCGUUAUGUAAGAGAUCAUGGAUCCCCUCGCUGUGUUCGUUGCUGUGUUCGUUGGGGAUAAUUUGGGCAGUGAGGUAUAAAUCUGACGUGGAGUGUCACAUGGAGAAGCUGUUAGAACGGGAAAAAGAAGAUUGGAAACUGUUGGGGAAGUGUGUUGAAGAGUUGAAGAGAAAAGGAGUUGAGUUUGAUCUGUUGAGAGAAGUUGAUGCGCUGAGAAGAGCUAAGAGUUUGCGUGUGGAAGCUAAGGUUGUAAGGAAAUGGUCUGCCAGGGAUUUUGUUAGUUUGUUUUUCUUUAGUGUUUCUUGUUUGGUUCUUGGAUUGACCAGAAUUAUUUUGUGUAGUUAAUUAGAUGAAUCUUAGUUUUUGUUUUCAUGGCGGAAUUUGAUGAUUAUUUGUUGUUGCCAUUGAAAUUGGGUGGCAAAAAUGGUAGUGCAGAACAUUUUGUUCUGUUAUUUUUGGUGUAAUGACACACUAUAAUGGAAAAUUAAUGAUAUGAAUCUUAUUCUUAA